UAUCUAGAAGAUACUGUAAAACUUCUUAAUUGUAAACUUAAAUGGAACAAGAUAUCUAAACGUGAUUAUAAUUCUUGUAUUAUUGAAAUUGAAAAGCUUCAAACUGAAAUCAAUGAUUUAAGGAUUCUGGCAAAAGACUUACAAGAUGAAGUUAAUUCUUUAAAAGAAAAAAACAGAAAAUUGAGACAAGAAAAUAGUAAAUUUCAUGAUACAUUAAGCGGUCUUUGCAAUAAUUUCAGUUUAAUCCAAAUUAAAGAUGAAAAUGAAAAUGGCAAACAAAUUCAAGUAAAGAAUCAAGAAGUAAUAAACUUACACAGAAGAAUUAGAGAAAUACUUGAAGAAUAUAGACAAAAAUAUAAGUGA